UGGCACCGCAGAGAAGUCGCGCUUUGAUUGGGCCGCUGUCAGGUGUCGCUGCCGGCAGGUUCGGCUGCGCGAGCGCGGGGAGGCGGGAAUCGACAGUAACCUUCCAUGAGGAACUGCCUUUCCUAUGUGCUGCUGGAGUUAACGGGUGUUUCCUGCUGGCAGAAUCAGGGACAUGACAGCACUAGCGGGAUGAGUGGGUGCUCCGGCGGGGAUGUGGUCAUUUCGGACCAGUGAGAGCGAGAGUGCUACAGCCCACUUCUUCCUUGGAGCUGGAGAUGAGGGGCUGGGCACCCGUCAUCGAAUAGGCAUGAGGACAGAAGACAGUGACAGCGAGCUCCUUGAGGAUGAUGAGGAUGAAAUGCCUCCUGAACCUCAGAUCAUUGUUGGCAUCUGUGCUAUGACCAAGAAAUCCAAGUCCAAGCCAAUGACCCAAAUCCUAGAGAGACUCUGCAGAUUUGACUACCUGACUGUUAUUAUCCUGGGAGAAGAUGUGAUCCUCAAUGAACCUGUGGAAAACUGGCCAUCCUGCCACUGCCUCAUUUCUUUCCACUCCAAAGGCUUUCCUCUGGACAAAGCUGUUGCUUACUCCAAGCUUCGAAACCCCUUUCUUAUCAAUGACCUGGCUAUGCAGUAUUACAUCCAGGAUAGGAGGGAGGUGUACCGGAUCCUGCAGGAGGAGGGUAUUGAUCUGCCUCGAUAUGCUGUGCUCAACCGUGACCCUGCCCGGCCUGAGGAGUGCAAUCUAAUAGAAGGUGAAGACCAGGUAGAGGUAAACGGAGCUGUCUUCCCCAAGCCCUUUGUGGAGAAGCCCGUGAGUGCAGAGGACCACAAUGUUUACAUCUACUACCCCAGCUCCGCUGGAGGAGGAAGCCAGCGCCUCUUCCGUAAGAUUGGCAGCCGAAGCAGCGUUUAUUCUCCUGAGAGCAGCGUCCGAAAGACAGGGUCAUACAUCUAUGAGGAGUUUAUGCCAACAGAUGGCACAGAUGUCAAGGUAUAUACAGUGGGGCCAGAUUAUGCCCAUGCUGAAGCCAGAAAAUCUCCAGCUUUGGAUGGGAAGGUCGAACGAGACAGUGAAGGAAAAGAGAUUCGAUAUCCAGUCAUGCUGACUGCCAUGGAAAAACUGGUGGCCAGGAAAGUCUGUGUAGCGUUUAAGCAAACAGUGUGUGGUUUUGACCUUCUUCGUGCCAAUGGUCAUUCCUUUGUAUGUGAUGUCAAUGGCUUCAGUUUUGUCAAGAAUUCAAUGAAAUACUACGAUGACUGUGCCAAGAUUCUGGGGAACACCAUAAUGCGAGAACUUGCCCCACAGUUCCAGAUCCCAUGGUCUAUCCCCACAGAGGCCGAGGACAUUCCCAUUGUCCCUACCACAUCUGGCACUAUGAUGGAACUUCGUUGUGUCAUUGCAAUUAUUCGUCAUGGGGAUCGUACCCCCAAGCAGAAGAUGAAGAUGGAAGUGACACACCCAAGGUUUUUUAGUCUGUUUGAAAAGCAUGGUGGUUACAAGACAGGGAAAUUAAAACUAAAGCGGCCCGAACAGCUACAGGAGGUGCUGGACAUUGCAAGGCUGCUAUUGGCUGAACUGGAGAAAGAACCAGGUGGUGAGAUCGAGGAGAAGACUGGGAAACUAGAGCAGCUGAAGUCUGUGCUGGAGAUGUAUGGUCACUUCUCAGGCAUCAACCGGAAGGUGCAGUUGACUUACUAUCCUCAUGGAGUAAAAGCUUCUAAUGAGGGGCAAGCAGAUCCACAGCAGAAGGCUGUGGCUCCAUCUCUCUUGCUGGUACUGAAGUGGGGUGGAGAACUGACUCCCGCUGGCCGUGUUCAGGCUGAGGAGCUGGGGCGAGCUUUUCGCUGCAUGUACCCUGGAGGACAGGGUGACUAUGCUGGCUUCCCUGGCUGUGGGCUGCUUCGGCUUCAUAGCACUUUCCGCCAUGAUCUCAAGAUCUAUGCAUCUGAUGAGGGCCGCGUUCAGAUGACUGCUGCUGCCUUUGCCAAGGGCCUUUUGGCUCUAGAAGGGGAGCUGACACCCAUUUUGGUACAAAUGGUGAAGAGUGCCAACAUGAAUGGGCUCCUGGACAGUGAUGGUGAUUCCUUGAGCAGCUGCCAGCACCGAGUGAAGGCUCAACUUCACCAUAUUUUGCAACAGGAUGCACCCUUUGGCCCCGAGGAUUAUGAUCAGCUGGCUCCAACUGGAAGCACUUCCCUAUUUAACUCCAUGGCUGUCAUUCAGAAUCCUGUAAAGGUCUGUGAUCAGGUAUUUUCCCUGAUUGAAAACCUUACUCACCAGAUCCAGGAACGGAUGCAGGACCCCAAAUCUGUAGACGUGCAACUCUACCACAGUGAGACACUAGAGCUAAUGCUACAGCGUUGGAGCAAGCUGGAGCGUGACUUUAGACAGAAGAGUGGACGCUAUGAUAUCAGUAAGAUCCCUGACAUCUAUGACUGUGUCAAGUAUGAUGUGCAGCACAAUGCGAGUUUGGGACUUCAAGGCACAGCAGAGUUGCUACGUCUCUCUAAGGCACUGGCUGAUGUGGUCAUUCCGCAGGAGUACGGGAUCAGUCGGGAGGAGAAACUGGAAAUUGCCGUGGGCUUCUGUCUUCCACUGUUGCGGAAGAUACUACUUGACCUGCAGAGAACCCACGAGGAUGAGUCUGUCAACAAGCUGCAUCCCCUGUAUUCCCGAGGAGUGCUCUCCCCAGGCCGCCACGUUCGAACACGUCUCUAUUUCACCAGUGAAAGCCAUGUCCACUCCCUACUCAACGUCUUCCGUUACGGGGGACUUCUUGAUGAAACCAAGGAUGCACAAUGGCAGCGAGCUUUGGCUUACCUUAGUGCCAUCUCAGAGCUCAACUACAUGACCCAGAUUGUCAUCAUGCUCUAUGAGGACAACACACAGGAUCCUUUAUCAGAGGAACGAUUCCACGUGGAGCUGCACUUCAGCCCUGGAGUGAAAGGUGUCGAGGAAGAAGGCAGUGCACCAACUGGCUAUGGAUUCCGUCCAGCCUCUUCUGAGAAUGAGGAGAUGAAAACCGACCAAGGCAGCAUGGAGAACCUGUGCCCAAGGAAGGCAUCAGAUGAGCCAGACCGUGCAUUGCAGACUUCACCCCAGCCCUCUGAGGGUCCUGGCCUCCCAAGGAGAUCACCCCUCAUUCGUAACCGAAAAGCUGGCUCCAUGGAGGUCAUGAACAUGCAGUGCACAGGGAACCUGGACCUGAUCCCCUUGCGGGGACGGCGCCGCAGGAGGUCAGGAGACCUCCCCCGGCCUUCCCCAGCCAUCGGCCUACAGCCCCGGGCUAUGUCUACCACUCACCUGGCAUCCUGCACACAGGUGCUUUCUGAGACUUCGUCUUCCAGGCCUGGUGGCUACCGGCUCUUUUUGUCUUCACGGCCACCUACGGAGAUGAAGCAGAGUGGCCUAGGCUCACAGUGCACAGGGCUAUUCAGCACCACAGUGCUGGGUGGCUCCUCCAGCGCCCCGAAUCUUCAGGACUACGCCCGCAGCCAUGGCAAAAAGCUACCGCCUGCCAGUCUGAAGCAUCGAGAUGAGCUGCUGGAUGACCAGCACCCUGUGGUCCGGUUGCUGCGCCGUUUUUCCUCUGACUGCUCAGGGGGCCAGCCAGUCUCCUUGGAUGCCACGCUGGCGCAUCACCUGCACCAGUGCUCCUACCACCUGCGCCUCUUCCGGAACUGGCUGCGCUCAGGCCAGGAUGACCCCGAGUGCCUCUACGGAUUUGAAGGGUGCUCCAUGGUGCCUACCAUCUACCCCCUAGAAACGCUGCAUAAUGCCCUUUCCCUGCAUCAAGUAAGUGAAUUCUUGAGUGGAGUCUGCCAGCGCCACACUGAUGCCCAAGCACAGGCAUCUGCAGCCCUCUUUGAGUCUAUGCACAGCAACCAGGCCUCAGAUGGCACAUUUUCCCCACCCCGUACUCUUCAUUCACCUACCAUGCAACUCCGGCAGCGCUCUGAGAAGCCCCCUUGGUACAGCAGUGGCCCUUCCAGCACUGUGUCCAGUGCUGGUCCUUCCUCCCCUACUGCAGUGGAUGGUAAUUGCGCAUUUGGCUUCAGUGAUCAACCCUCCCUGAGUUCACACAUGGCUGAAGAAUGUCAAGGCCUUGGGCUGCGCCAGAAGAUCCCUGGGAAUGGAGCACAAGAGCUCCUCAUAGAAAGGGAGCAAAAGUCUUUUGAACCAAACCAGUUCCCACAGGAACCACCUGUGGAAACCAGCCAGCCAUGCCAGGAAGUUGCUGAGGAGGUCAGCCAGCCAUGUCAGCAGGCCCCUGACAUUAGCCAGCCAUGUCAGGACAUCCUUGAAGAGGUCAGUCAGCCAUGCCAGGAGGUCUCUGACAAGAGCCAGCCAUGCAAGGACACCCAUGAUGAUGUUAACCGGACAUGCCAGGAGGUCACUCAGAUCAACCAACUGUGCGAGAAAGUCUCUGAGGAAGCUUACAAGCUUUUCCGGGAGAACCCUGAGGAGGUCAGCCUGCCAUGCCAAGGGGCCUCUGUGGAAGUUGGCAGGCUGGUCCAUGGGUUUCCUGAAGGGUUUGGUAGCCUGGGCCAGGAAAUCCUUGUGGAAAUUGACAAGCCAGCCCAAGAGAUCCCUGAGGAGCUCAGCCAACCAUCCCAGGAGUUCUCUUUGGAGGUUGACAGACUGGCCCAAGAAGCUCCUGCAACCAUUCUGUUGUCUCAGGAUAUCCCUGAGGUUGAUACACCAUCCCGAGAGUUCCCUGGGGAGGGUGAUCUACAGGUCCAGGAGGGCCCUAAGGAGGUUAAUCAGCAGUCCUGUGUGGUCCCUGAAGUCAUUGACCAGCUGCCUGGAGAGGAUGUUCCCCAAGCCCAGUUUCCAUCUAGUGAUCCAAACCCUCACUCAGAGCCAGUCUCUAGUCCAUGACCAAAACUUAUCCCUUCCACCAGCAACAUGUGAUUAGUCAUUGUCUCAUUGAUGGUGUUAUAAUGUACCAGCCAUUUGAGCUAGCAACUCUUUCUGUUGGCUAACUCACCUGCCAGCAUAAGGCCUUGGAUCUUACCAGAGGUGUCUGAGGAAGCAGUCCUCUUGACAUGAGGCAUACCUGUGCUGGAGCUGGGCUUGGUGAGGGGCCCAUUUCGUGUUCAAAGCAGCCAUUGACUCCUCACCAAGCCAUUAGACUUGAAUAGGAUUUCCUUUAAGGGGUGGGCUGGUCUGUCAUUACCCAGCCUCCUCUGAGCACCCCAGGAAAUUCCAGAUUGUUAAAGGAAAUGCCUCUUAACUGCUGAAGACACCAUCCCGGGACAACAAGUGCAAAAGGGGUUUCCAAGGUCUUCACUUUUCUGAGGAAAUAUUCACAAUGUCUCAAAGUCCUUUAGACCACAUGUGCAUUCAGGGGGACUCUUUUCUUGGCUAGCACUCCUCAGGUGGGUCCAGGAUGGCUGUCUGAAAUGUCUGGGAAAGAGUCCCCUUACUAAACAAACAUCCAUCAUGGCCACUAAUCUUUAGAUUGGGCUUAUGGGUAUUUCCAUAUCAUCCCCAAGUGCCCUCUCUGUUCCUGUCCUUUGGAGAGGGCAAUAGCUCAAUGGAAAAAUAGGUAUUAGAUCGCUGUGAAAAUUUCAGAGUAACUACUUAAAAUGCUUUUGGGGUUCUUGACCAAUCUGUGAAGCAAGGCCUCUUUUGUUGUGGGGCUUUUUGGCUUAGAAGAUGCUGUAGUAGAGAAAAUCAGGUUCUAUUUUUAAGCAAUCAGCAGAGAUAAAUAUUGUACAGACAUGUGCAAAGAUUACAGGGACAGACUGGCCAAAGAACACUCUAGGGUCUGCAAGAGGUUUGUCCUUCUAUCAUUGUGUCUUUAGGGCCAGGUGUGAUUAUGAAGCUAAUCCCAAAGAUGUGGGGAUGGGAAUGGGGGUGGGUAUGAGGGGUAAUGCUGCCAUUAGAGUGGGGGCCGGAACAUUAUGAGUGCUCAAUAAACAUGAAUGAGAGUGGUAGAGGUGGUGACGUCAUUGUGAGCUCAAGAAUGAAUGUGACUCUUAAGUCAAUCAGAUAUGUAACCGAAUUAAUCUGAACCAGUCAAAAGCCUUUGUAGUUGAGCAGGAACGGAUUAUAAAAAUAUACAGAUCAGACAUCCCAGGAGGUCCCUAUGCCAAUCAACCCACUAUCACAAAAUGUCUGAAGUGAGUAGUGUUGUGGGGGACAGAGGUUCUGUCUCUGUGAAACACCAGAGGGUACACAAUGCCUUUUCACCAGCUCCUUGGAAUCACCCUCUUAAUUUUUUCUUCCGAUGCUUUGGAGUGUCAGGAAUUAAAGAGGUUAUACUCUCUGUUUAACCCCUUGACAUCUUU